AUGUCGGGCAACCUCAUCGACCUCAGUGACGAGGGCACCUCCUCUCAGAACACCACUGGCAUCAACGGCAUUCACCGUACCAACGGUCUCGUCGGCCGCAUGUCACUCUCGGAGAACCGCGCAAGGUCGCCUCCACGCAACCACUUCGCAGGCCUCGAUGUCCUCAUGAGGCAGAGGCAGUCUUCUACACCAGUCCCUUCGCCAGCUCCGCGCCCGGUGUCGCUGCCGACCGUAGCCAGUGUCCCUCGCUUUGCUACACGUCUUGCUUCAAGUUCGGAGAUGUUCUCCCCGCUGGCUCAACCAUACAGGGCCCCAGAGUCUGUGGCGUCUUUCCUGCAAGAGCAGCAAGAGCCCUUGACCUCCGCCCUUAGGUCUGAUCAGCCGAUCCCCGAGUACAUCCCUGAAAACAGGAUGGAGUUCAGGAGCAUGAUUGAUACUAUCAAUGACUACGACAAGACCGCCGACAGCGAGUCUGAUCAUCGUUCUGGUCGCAGCUCCUGGUCGCCACCCGUCCACGUCCCUCACAUCGAGUCAUCCGUGCCUGCUGCAUCUGAUACACCCCCGACUCCAGCAGACUCCGUCGUGCAUGCCAUUCAUGAUUUCGAAUUCGACCAACCAACGAUGGUACGGAUGACUGAGCAGGAGCAGCGGACCGUGCUAGAGGACCAGUUGGCAGCCGCCGAGGAAAACUUGGCCAGGCUCAAGCGCGAGAACACAGAGGCCGCUAAGAAGCUAGGACUUGUCGGAUUCCAGAUCGAGUCCACCGAGAACCAAAAUGCCGCGAUGUCUCGUGCUAUGUCUGAGAAGGACGUCAUGAUCAAGAAGAACGAACUUGAGAUGAAGAGGAAGGCGACUGAAGUUCAAGACCUCGACGUUAAGAUGAAGAGCAAGGACGCUGAGCUCAAGGCCAGGGUUGCUGAGCUCAAGGACUUGAACGCCAAGCUAAAGAUCCAGGACGCUGAGAUCAAGGCCCAGAACACUCAGUCGGUAAGGAAAGAGCUUGUGAUCGCGAGACAUGUUGCUGAGAUCAAAAAGCAACGUCAACAGCUAGGUGCCCGCAAUGCGUUGAUCAACAAGGCAAAUCCCGGAAAUGAUAAGGUCGGUGUGCAUGGCGCCAGGAUGGCUGCUAAGGAUGCCGAGUUAGCCACUAUGAACACCAAGUUGGCCGCUAGGAAUGCCGAGUUGGCAGCGCUCAAGCAGAUCGCCAAGGAGCAAAAGGCCCUCCUCACCAAGGAGCAGCAGGAGGCAGUCGACCAUCAGCGGAUCAUCGACCAUCACCGCUCACAAAAUCAGGCCUUUGCUGACGCUGCGACUGCACGCGAGCAGACCAUAGCUGAUCUGCGCCAAGAGCUUGUCGUCCGAAAGUUUGAGCUGACCGACGCCCAAGAGCAACGUGGAAACCGCGGCGCCAUCGAGGACAUCAAGGGCAAGCUUCGUGAGAUGACCACUCUUUGCGAUCGCCAGCGAGCCCAGCUCAAGGACGCCAAGGACGAACUCAAGUUCAAGGAGGCCCGCAUCAUGGACCUCAGCAACAACGGCGAGCGUCUCCGUGGUGCCAUCCAUGUCGUUCCGCCGCGCAAUGUCAAGCUCCCUGAGACCGUCGUAUCAUGCACGGAGUGUUACGCCAUGGACCGGCGAUGCGACAGCGGUACCAAGUGUCGCCCCUGCAUGGAGAACAACACCGAGUGCCUGCGCUUCAUGUGCUCAUUGAAGUACAAGAACGGCAAUUGCCCUCUUGUCCCUUGCCCACUCACUCACGAUGGUCAAGGCUACCUCAUGUUGCCACGACCUCGUCCUGAGUGGUGA